GUUUUUCUUCCAAUAUGUGUUUUUUGCAGUGACACUGAGAGCCGAAAAUUAUGCAAGAAGAUGAAAGUAGAUCCUAAUUCAAAGGAGAAAGGAGUGGAAUUACUCCAUUAUAAGGAUGGUGCAUUUCAUACUGAAUAUAACAGAGCUGUCACCUUGAAGUCUAUUGUGGCCUUUCUCAAAGAUCCAGAAGGCGCUCCAUUGUGGGAGGAAGAUCCUGAAGCCAAAGACAUUGUGCAUGUUGACAGUGAAAAGGAAUUACGAAGGCUUCUGAAGAAGGAAGACAGACCCCUUCUGAUGAUGUUCUAUGCCCCAUGGUGUGGUGUUUGUAAGAGAAUGAUGCCGUCUUUUCAGCAGGCAGCCACAGAACUGAAGGGUAAAUAUGUAAGUGAGAAGAUAAAAUUUAUAUGA